CUCAAAUACAUUUUAGAAGCAAGCACUCAAGUCAUCUUGUUCGAGCAAACACAAUAGCGCACCUGCGACUCAAAGUCCUCCAGACUUCUAACAAACAUGGCUAUGUAUAUUCGUGUUAAACGUAGUAAGACGACUUACUUUAUCCAGUGCGAUCCAACGGAGACUAUUGUGGACAUUAAGCAGAAAUUGCAUGCCCUCAUCGACCAACCAGUUAAUGAUCAGCGUUUGAUUUUGGUGGGGAGUGGAGAAGUAUUAGAGGAUUCAAAGACUUUGGCAGAUCAGAAGGUCGAGAAUGAUGCUGUUGUGGCCCUGACUUUGAGAAAAGAUGACAACGAGUUUGAAGAUGUCAAUAUUGUUCAGCCAAACGAUUUCUACCAGUCUCGUGAUGCAGAUGGAGGCAACUGGUGAUUCUAGGACCUUGGUCAGAAAAAAAAACUUGCUGGAUUAUGCCUAUAACUUGUGUUGACACAUAUUUCUGUUGAAGUUGAAGUUGAGUUGUAAUGUUGAAAUCUGAAGUUUCAUUUCAUUUUGUACUGAUGGAUUAAACAGACGUGGCGUAGUGUAAUUACAUAAGCUCCGCCUGAUAGGAAAUAACUCAACAGGAAUGAGCACAAAACUCUUAAUUGGGGCUAUAUGCACCCUCAAAUGUACUGAAA